CCCGCGCCCGCGCCCGCCGCGCCGCCUGCCUGCGCCGAACUCGCCUGUCCACCGCGCAGCCACUGCUCGCUCAACGGCAUGCCAAAUGUAGUGACCGGUGUGGUGAUAUCAAAACAAGUGACUUGCAUCUGUGAUGUCGGAUAUUAUGGUGCCCCAGGACCGUCCCCCAAUUGCACGACCCUGGAUCAGGCCUGCGAGGCGGGAGUCUGCCUCAACGGAGCCACAUGCACACUCGCCUCGGACCACUUCAACUGCUCGUGCGCGCCCGGGUACAAAGGCGUGUACUGCGAGCUGGCGGCGGGCAAGGCGCUGGCGGACCCCAAGCCGCCCGAGCGCUGCGCCUCCGCGCCCUGCCUGCAUGCCAAGAACUGCCUCGACCUCAUCUCGGGCGGGUUCCGCUGCGAGUGCGAGACGGGAUGGACGGGCGCUCGGUGUGAGGUGGCGGCGGGGGCGGAGUGCCCCCGGCCCUGUCUCAACGGGGGCACGUGUCGCGACGGCACCGACGGGCCCGUGUGCGAGUGCCGCGCCGGAUACGCCGGCCCCGCCUGCGAACAUGCGCUGGACUGUCGUGCUACAUCAUGCCCUCAUCAUCAGGAGUGCGUAGAGCAGGGCACUACUUGGCGCUGUGCUCCCGCUGCGGCGGACUCUGCGUGCCUAUCGUCACCCUGUCAUAACGGCACAUGUCUAGCGCUAGAUUCUGGACUCUUCCAGUGCCAGUGUCCCCCAGGCAAUGACGGAAGAUUCUGCGAAUUGGACAUAAACGAGUGUGAUUUGAAAACCAACAUAUGUAAUCACGGUGUAUGCAUCAACCUCAUCGGCUCUUAUCAAUGCUACUGCAGGCCUGGGUAUACGGGUGAUAGUUGCGAGCAAGAUAUAGAUGAAUGUCUCUCUUCGCCGUGCAAAAAUGGUGGCACCUGCCAGAACUUGGAGAAUAACUACGAGUGUAUAUGUAUGGAAGGAUUUGAAGGGAAGGACUGUUCGAUAAAUAUAAACGAAUGUGCGACGAACCCGUGUGCGGCCGGGUCGACCUGCGUGGACGGCAUCGCCAGCUACUCGUGCGUGUGUCAGGACGGACUCACCGGCGCUAACUGCGAGAUUGACAUUGACGACUGCAAGUCCCAACCCUGCCAGCAUGGCGGACGCUGCGUGGACGGUCUGAACAGCUACACGUGCGAUUGUACCGGCACCGGGUACAUGGACGAGGACUGCUCGGUGAACAUCGAUGAGUGCGCGCCGCAGCCGUGCCGACACGGUGGCACCUGCGUCGACGACGUCAACGACUACCACUGCACUUGCUACCCUGCCUAUACUGGUAAAAACUGCGAAGUGGACAUAAAUGAGUGCGAGAGCGAGCCGUGUAAGUACGAUGGCGUGUGCCUCGAGCGGAGCAACUCUAGUUUGUAUCUGCCGCCGGACGCGCCGCCAGUGCAGGUCGGCCCGCAGGACCAGAUGCUGUUGCCCGCUGUAUUCUACCAACCAUUCUCUUUCGAAAAUGCUAGCGGGUUCGAGUGCGUGUGCCUACUGGGUACGACGGGUUCUCGGUGUGAGAUCAAUAUAGACGAGUGCGCGACGCAGCCGUGCGGCCACGGCAAGUGCAUCGACGGCAUUGGCAGCUACUCGUGCGAUUGCCACGCCGGCUACGAGGGCGACCACUGCGAGAUCGAGAUUGAUGAGUGUCAGAGAUACCAACCAUGCGAGCACGGCCGCUGCUACGACGGUCGCGCGUCGUACCACUGCGUGUGCGCGGCGGGGUGGGGCGGCCGCAACUGCUCCGUGGUGCUGGAGGGCUGUCGCGACUCGCCCUGCCGCCACAACGGCACCUGCCACGCCUGGCUGCGCGACGAGACCGAGCACCAGUUCAACUGCACCUGCGCGCCCGGCUACUACGGCACCAAGUGCGAGAAGAUAACUACGAUGUCCCUGGAGAAGAGUAGCUACGCAGAAGUGAACACGUCCCGCGAGGAGGGCUACGACAUAUCAUUCCGAUUCAAGACUACGCUCGGCAACGGGCUGCUGGCCAUGGGGCGCGGGCUCACCUACUUCUUCCUUGAACUCUCGAACGGGAGACUCAACUUGCACUCUAGCCUUCUCAAUAAGUGGGAAGGCGUGUUUAUCGGCUCCAACCUUAAUGACAGCAAGUGGCAGAAGGUAUUCGUGACGAUAAACUCGUCUCACCUGGUGCUGGCCGCGAACGAGGAGCAGACCAUCUACCCGAUCAGUCAGAUCGAGGCGUACAACUCGUCGGUGACGUCGUUCCCGACCACGCGGCUCGGCACGGCGGGCUCGUCGUUCGCCACCGUGACGCACGGGCCCAACUUCUUCGUCGGCUGCUUCCAGGACGUCGUGGUCAACGGACAGUGGGUGCUGCCGUCGGACGCGAGCGCGCCCGGCGCGGUGGGCGCGGCGGCCGACGAGGGCGCGCGCACGGAGCUGCGCGGCGUGCUGGCGUCGUGCCCGCGCCGCCCGCAGUGCGAGCCCAACCCGUGCCAGUCGGGCGGCGUGUGCGAGGACGCCUGGACCAGCUUCGUGUGCACGUGCCCGCGCCCGCACCUCGGCGACACGUGCCAGUACGACUACGUGGCGGCCACGUUCGGCCACGAGGCGGCCACGCCGCGCUCGGUGGUGCGCGUGGCGGUGUCGGACGAGGCGCGGCGCGCCGUGCUGGCCGCGCUCGACAUCUCCAUGUUCAUCCGCACGCGCAAGCCCACGGGACAGAUAUUCUAUCUCGGAUCGCAGCCGCGGUACGGGCAGACGGAGGAGACGCAGGUGGGCGCGUCGCUGGCGGGCGGCGAGCUGCUCGUCCAUCUGCGGUUCAACCAGACGCCAGAGAACUACACCGUCGGCGGCACGCGUCUCGACAACGGAUACUUGCAUCUCAUUGAGGUGGUGCGUAAUUCGACCCUGGUGCAGGUGAAGUUGAACGGGACCGAGUACUUCCGCAAGUCUAUAUCAGGCGCCAAACAGCUAGACGCCGAGGUGCUGUACCUGGGCGGGCCGCCGCCGGUGCUGCAAGGCCCGGAGACGGCGGCGCUAGUGGCGGCGGGCUCGGCGCCGUCGCUGCCGUCGCCCGCGGCGCCCGUGUCGGUGCCGGCCGGCACGGCGCUGUCUCCCCUGUCUCCCCUGCCGCCGUCCCCGUCGGCCCCCGCCGCCCCCGCCGCGGCCCCCGCAACCCUCGCGCCUGCACUCCCGCAGGCCAUCACCUCGACACCUCCCACGACGCCCGCCACCGUCGAUGAUCAGCCUGACAACUCGACUUACUUUAAAGGAGUCAUUCAGGACGUACAGGUAUCGAACGGCGUGAACGUGACGGUGGUGGAGUUCUUCCCGCUGCGCGUGCCAGGUCUGCAGCUGCCGCGUCCGUUCGGACACGUGUGGUUCGACCCGACCGGCGUGCUGCGCGGAGUGGUGUCCGACGACGCAUGCGCACAACGACCCUGUCUGCACAACGCCACUUGUACCACCACCUGGAACGACUACACAUGCGCGUGUCCCCGCGGCUACAAAGGCAAGGACUGCGCCGAGGUGGAGUUCUGUCAGCUGCAGGGCUGUCCGCUCAACUCCCACUGCCGCAACCUCGACGCCGGGUACGAGUGCGUGUCUAACGCGACGUUCGACGGCGUCAACACGACGCUCACGUACAAGCUGCGCGUGCCGCGUGGCGUCGCCAUCGCCGCUGACGAGGCCUACGACCGCCCCGACACGCUCACUAUCACCUAUCGGACGAAGGCCGGCGGCACUGUGUUCCGCGCGGAGAGCGAGGACGAGAGCGCGGAGGAAGGCGCGUGGUUCAGCGUGGGCGUGUUCAAGGAGCUGGUGUCGGUGCAGUGGCGCCUCGGCGGCCGGCUGCCCCGCGCACUGCGCAUGCACGCACACCACUCGCAUCUGCAGUGGACGACAGUACGGUUCACAUUCCACAGGGACCAAAUUACAGGCGCGUUCGUGGACGCGGAGGGGCGCGCGCCGGUGGGCCUGUCGGGCGCGAUCGACGUGCGCGCGUGGCAGCGCCUGGUGCGCGACGGGCGCCUGUACCUCGGCGGCGCGCCGCGCUCCCGCCCCGCGCCCGCCGCCGCCGCCUCCACCCUGCCGCCCACGCUCGCGCCCACUGCACUGACUGAUGGCUCCACGGAUCCUAGCACUUGGGAUAACUCGGAAGGCGAGGAAACUCCCGGAGAUAACUUAGAAGGAAAAUAUUUCAAGGGUUGCGUGGGCGCAGUGCACGUGGGCUCGCUGCUGCUGCCGUUCUUCACCGAGGAAGAGCUGUUCGUGGGCGCCGCCGCGCGUCUGCUCGCCGGACAGCCGCACUACGCACUUGUGUCGGGUCGCGGGUGGGGCGCGUCGCAGGGCGUGGAGUGCGUGCUGUGCCUGGAGACGGACUGCGCCAACGGCGGCCGCUGUGCCGACGUGCGCUCCUCCUACGCGUGCGCCUGCCCGCCCGGAUACUCGGGCGAGUACUGCCAGAUCGAUAUAGACGAGUGCGCGUCGCAUCAGUGCCAGAACGGUGCCACGUGUCAAGACGGAGUAGCUUCUUACACCUGUAUAUGUCCUGAGGGAUUUGAAGGGGAAUUGUGUUCCGUGGACAUCGACGAGUGCGUGUCGUCCCCGUGCCAGCACGGCGGCACGUGCGUGAACGAGCCGGGCUCGUUCCGGUGCGCGUGCGCCGGCGCGUGGCGCGGCCGCGUCUGCGAGCUGCCGCACGCGCGCUCUUGCGCACAUCGACCGUGCAUCCACGGCUCUUGCACUGAUACCGAUCCCGAUCCGGUGACCGGUAAUCCAUUCAAGUGCUCGUGUUUGAAGGGGUAUGAGGGCGAGUACUGCGAGCAUGCGUUCUGCGAGCUGACGCCCUGCGUGCACGGCACGUGCGUCAACGACACCGAGAGCGCGUGGUGCGCGUGCGCGGAGGGCUGGCGCGGCGCGCGCUGCUCGGAGGAGCGCGACGGCUGCGCGGAGGCGGCGCGCGGCGCGCAGCCCGCCUGCCUGCACGGCGGCCGCUGCGUCACCGCGCACAACCAGCUGCUCUGCGACUGCGCCAACACAGGCUGGACGGGCGUGCGCUGCGAGGUGGACGUGGACGAGUGCGCGGCCGGGCUCGUGAGCUGCGGGCCCGGGGACUGCCUCAACCUCGACGGCAACUACACUUGUCUGUGCACGCCUGGUUUCUGCGGGCAUGAAUGCGCGCUGCUGGACCCGUGCUUCGAGCCGGCGCCGAGUGCAGGCGCGGGCGCGGACGCGGCGCCGGACGGCUCGGCCGCCAACGGCACCGGGCCCUGUCUGAACGGCGGGCAGUGCUCGCAGCGGUGCGGCGCCGCCACCGACUACCACUGCCAGUGCGCGGCCGGCUGGACCGGCAAGAACUGCUCCGUGGCGGCCGCGCUGGCGGCGCCCGAGGCGGCGGGCGGCGCGGCGGGCGUGGCGUGGGGCGUGGGCGGCGCGCUGCUGGCGCUGGCGCUGGCGGCCGCGGCGCUGGCGGCGCUGGCGGCGCAGGCGCGGCGCAAGCGCGCCACGCGCGGCACCUACUCGCCCUCGGGGCAGGAGUACUGCAACCCGCGCGCUGAGAUGAUGCACCACGCGCUCAAGCCGCCGCCGGAGGAACGACUCAUAUAGAGUUGGAGACAUGAAUGAGUUAAAGAAAAUGAACAAAUAAACGAAAUUACAUGAAAAACACAAAAGAAGUCGCAUAUCAACCAAAACGUCUAUGUGAGUGUGCGCGAUUGUGACAAUGUUUAUAUGUGUGUGUGCGGCUAUGUUGUACCUGUACGAAUGACGUCCAUGGACGUUUGACAGUGUGAUACCCAUCAACUACCCACAUGGAAAGCUCUGGCGAACCUAUAACAGAAAUAAAACUGCGUUGUGCUAAAGUUGGUGGAACGUGCUGUGACGACGCUCCGGUCAUUGUGCUCGACGGAGCGUGGAAGUAGUAGUUACAUCUCUGCCUAACACUCGUAGGUAAAAGUGUAAGCUCAUGUGUGGAGUGUGUUGGUCCCAGGGCUCCUUUAAGGGGAGUUUGAAAUGAGUAUAAAAAUGUAAAUUAUGUAGUUUUAAGGUUAACGCGGUGACUUACUUAAUGAGGACGCGUAGACAUUACCGCCACAAUAGCAUCUAUCAUCGAAGACAGUAUAGAAAGAAAUCUUAAUCUAAAUAACAUAUAAAUAAAAAAAAUGUAUAAUGAACUUAUAGUAAAAAUUUGGACUCAAUAUAAAAGCACGCAUUAUUUACAAAUUAAUUUCUAACUGAAUCUAAUCAAUAUUUACAUCUUAAAUAUGACGUUAUGCUCGUCUUUACCGACAUUUAUCGGCGGAAAUUCUUACAUCCACAAAAAAAAGCAAUGAUGUGUCGCGACGCAACUUAAAGCAUUGAUUUAUCGCCAACACGAGUACUUAAUAGUUGAUAAAAACGAGCAUAAUUCUAAAACUAACUAUUGAUAGACUUGGACAUUCCUAAAAUAAUAUUUCAAGUAAAUUAAAUCCGCCUCUUUUCUACUUAAAAGAAUGUUCACUAUGUACUUAAUGAAUUGAAAGAUGUGAAGACAUUCCACAGUAUGCUUAGUAAUAUAAACUUAUUUGUAGGCCUUUAAUACUCCUUUUCACCAAACUUUACUUAUACUUAGUGGAUCUCUAAUGUGCAAGCUUUUAUUCACGAGAUGUUGUGGCUAGUUCUCAUACUGUCAAGUUAAGCAAAUAUUGGUGAAAAGCAGCUAAAACCCGAGCCGAAAUUAUAAUUAUUCUUAAAUCUUUACAUUCCAUGAAUUUUUAAAAAACAUAUAAAGUUUUAUAUAUAGUUCGUAUGUUUGCUUGAAAUUUAUCUCAGAAGCGGUUCUAAUAUAAAGUCAUAUAUUUUGGUAUGUGAUGGUCGGUAGUGGGACCACUUGUAUUGUAUUUAUACAUUAGGGUAAGACAUUUGCAAUCGUGUUUAUAGUACAUAAGAUAUAUAAAACAGGUAUUUGAACUUACGCCGUCCUGCCGUAGCGGCGAGUUAUUCCUGUUGCGUCUAUAUUAACUAGCCUUUCUCGCCGUCUCCGCCCGCGUGAAAAAGUUUUUCGGUCAAAGAUGGAGCUUAAAGUACUUGAGAGUUCAAAAUUGGUUCUGUAGGUCCAGCGAUUAGCCCCUACAAAACUACAAAUUAAUUAUUUCUUUUAUACUCGCAAACUAUUUCUCUUUAUAAUAUUAAUAUAAACUUAAGUUUCAAUUAUUAUUUUAUUUACAUUAUUACCAGAGAUACAAAAUAAUCUCGAUUGAUAUAAUUUCAUUCAAUUCUUACUUUUAGCAGUAAUAAACAAAUCACGACUGGGACUUCUUUACCAUUGAUAUUGUUAGAUUAGUCUAAUUCUAACGAAUUCUUAAGCUCAGACUUAAUCUUAGACGCAUCAGGAAGCGAACUGGUCGCAGCGGUAUAAAUAUAUCGGUAUAAUACGGGACAUAAUGUAGUUUGUAUAAUCCAUAGAAUCCACGUCGCGAACAGUAACGCGGCUCGAGCAAUAAUAUCUUAGUAUUAUUUAAAGUAAGCUCUGUAACGAGUGCCUUACAGAAACUUUUCAUAUAUUGUACAUAAUGUAUCUAAUUUUGACAGUCGUGUUAUGACGUCAACAUUUAUUCUGGACGUAUAUGUACGUCGUAUAAAAUAGUGUUUAAGACCGGUAGAUUGUAACCUGGGUUACUUUACUGAAUGUCGCGACGUGGUCGCACGUGGAUACACGCGACGAACAUUUGUGGACUGUACCAUUUUAAAUAAGUAAUACUUAACGGAGAAAUAUAAGCUAAUAUUAUAUUUAUAAAAUUUUUGUGUUAAGUGCCGAGUACUAUAUACGAAAAAGUUUAAUCGGUUAGUAAUCGUCUGGGUUAUAAGCGACUAAUAUCUGGUAAAGAAUUUUAUCAGGCAAGAUUUAUAUAAUAUAUUGAAGUGUGUUGUUGUACGAUUGUUAGUCAACAUUGUUUUUUAUUGAUACAUAAUUAUAUUUCUUGUCUUUUUAAAACGUUUACUAUAUUUAUUAUUUAUUAAAAUAUUUUUUAUUACACAUAUUUUUGCUACCCAUAUGGUACAAGCCACAAGCGUCGUCCAUUAUGCGCGUGCGCGUUAGUUUGUAAGUAAUAGAUAAGACAUGAUGGAAAGCGUGAAAAUUCUAAAUUACAUUGUAGUGAAGACGUUCUCCGCCGCCACGGCGCCUGCGCACUCUGGCGCCUCGCGCUGCACACCCUCCUCACACCUGUUACAUGUGUAGUGUUUAAUGUAAUCAAACUAAGAGUAUUAUAUUUUACUGUAAUAUCAUAUAACAUGUGUUUCUCGCUGCAGAAAAGACAGCUAUGCAUAGAUAUGGUAGUUUAAUAUACUAGCCAUGGUAGUUUAAUAUUUAUAUUGUGUACAUAUACAAUAAGAAAUAUGCCCUCAUAGCCUUCUCACGAGUAUAUACAGUGAACCCUCUGUACAUAGAUACGUGUAGUGACGUCGCGGGCUCGGGUGCGACGGGACGCGGGGAGACGUCAGUGCCUUACACACAAGUCUGUAUAUUGACAUAGUAUAUAAUACCGUAGCGAAGGCUCCGGAGGCUCUUUCAUGCUCAGUGUUCUUGUUAGUAAAUUUUCGGCCCCGGAGUCAAUAUGAUAGCCAUUGUACCAGCAUUGUCUGGGCAAGUGUACUUAAUCUACAAAUAUAUCUCUGUGUGUAAGUGGUCGACUUUAUUGUAUAAGUAUUGUAUUAUUCAAUAGAAUUUGCAAUGUUUUUAAAAUUAGAUUUUUAUGAAUUAAAUUGGGUUAGAUGAUUGUGAGUUUCAGAAAGGUAUUGAAGUCCGUAUGGUGGGUAACGACGCAUUAUGAGACUCGCAUCUAAGGUUUCAGAGCAAUGAGAGUAGUGUUGAGUGCUGUUGAUUACGGCGCACGAUCGCUUAUUAUAUGAAGUAAAAUGUUUGUUUACAUUGCAAGUUCUGUUGAAGUAUAUUUUAUGCAGCAUGGCUUACUUCUAUUAAGUAAGAUACUCGUGCUGUGUUCUAAUGUUACAUAAAAUCGACCGCAUUUUGUAUUGUAUAUAUUGGAAUUACUGUAAUAUUUAUACCUAUAAUAUGAAACUUGUAAGACUAAUUCUUAUUACCUUACUUAUUGUAUUAGCGCCGGUGAUGUACAUUUUUGCUGUAUUAUUAUAAAAUUUUAUGGUUAUCAAUAAUUGGCAAUUUAGUUACGAAUAAAAGUUUGGUUAGGUUAGAUAUGAUAAAAAUGUCAUUAUAUAAUUUCAACUUCUUUUAUAUAUAAAAAAGUUUAUAAAAUAAUUUUAAUGUACAUUAUUUUUUAAAAAAAAGUAAUGUGUUAUAAACAUACGAGCCAACAUUUGAUGCACACCGAACUUUUAUUUGUAACGAUUGCGUGUAAUCUCUACAUGUUCCAUACUAUUGUUGUAUUAUCAACUCUGUAUUUAUUGUGUGACCGUCCGAUCAGCAACUAUUGUACAGCCCCAAAUCUUUUCACUAUUAGACGUAAUUUGAAUAUCACUGUAUACAGAUUAUUAAGCAUGCUAUGAACUAAUGAAAUGGUAAACAUAAUCAAAUGACCUAAAUUUAAAUUAUUUUGUAUAAAAAAAAUCAUUUUGUGUACGGCUGGGUCGCCGCUAGGAGUCGAAUCUGCUAAUUAAUUCUUUUUUAUAUAUAAAAUAUCAGGAAAGCGUUAUUUAAAUUACAUAAUGAAUUAAAGAUGAAGAGGCUGCGUUAUUGAUCACUGUGGAUGUCCUGCGAGGCGGCUCAGCCGGACCGCGCUUACUUACUAAGUAUUUAUAUUGUAUAUAGUUGAGUGCAGCAGCUACGUGAGCUACGUGUGGCGAGACGACCGAACGUUACCGUCCACUACACACAACAAGCGCGCUGCCCGACUGCGCCAAUUAUAUUACUAAACAAUUUGUUCGCCAAUUUCAACUUUAGAUGUCAAGAUUUCAUUAAGAAAGAAUGAAGAUGAAAGUAUUCCUUUUUUUGGGUCAUAAAAAUAUAGUUACAGUAUAAUUAAUUAUUAAAGCCUAAAGUUUUGAUCAGCGAACUGUGCAAGCUCACUCGGCGGGAUAGUACACUGCCCGAAUGUAGAGCACCUAAUUGUAAGAUAGGACAGAUUACGAUGGAAUGGAUGUGUGUCCACGUUCAUAAUUUUUUUCGUCCGUAUGUCGCAGAUUUUGCCCGAUAUAUCCGUGUAGUCGAACUAUAUUAUGUAUUUUUGUGAAAGAAAUUGUGCCAGCGACGGCAGCGCGCGGGAGUGUGACAGUACUGCGAGAUGAACAUUUCCUUGAGUGUUUUACACUUGGCCUAUUGGCAUUUAACCAAUAAACUAUUAUCGUAUGAA